CGUCCGAUGAUCCGAUCACGUCAUUGAGGGCAUAAGUUUCUGUUCGGACUAUGUAUUUCCGAAAGGGGAAGGAAUGGGUUGCUGAUUUCAGUUGUUCGGACUACGGAUUUCCGAGAAGAGGAAGACUUGGUUGCUGGUUUCAGGAGAUUUAGGGCUUAAAUAGAAUGGAGGGAGAAGGACGGCGAGAGAAGGACUCGAGGGAGAAGAAUUGGUUGACUCACCCAUCGACUUCUCAUUCACACACAGAGAGACAGAGGAGGGGAGAGAACUGGUGCUGUGUGAGUGCUCUCCUCCAGUUUACAAUUCUGAAGUUUCUUCUCUUGGAACCGUUUGUUGUUCCUGUCACUUCUUCUGGUGCUGCUCCGGUUCCUGCUCCGGCUCUGGCUCCGGCUCCAUCGCCAUGGGAGAAAGACAAAGGAGGGGAGACAACUCAGACCCACGAUAUCGUUCAUCUUCUUCGGGCUGGAUGUUCAUCUGAGAGAAUCGAAAGAAUCCCAUUCCCAUGUUUGUUCGUGGGUCUGCGUGAGUGCUCUGUUGGGAUCAACAAACCUUACCAUCGGUCAUCUUCUUCCCAUAACUUGAGGUUCCUCUCUGAAUCUCCAGUGGACCAAUUUAUUGUGAACGGUAGCUGCAGAAAUUUGACUCUAAUUCCCAUUCAUCAGUGGAAGGGAAAACUUUCAGCUCAUAGAAGGCCACUUACAGAUAAGGCAGCAUAUAGUUAUGGUGGAGUGUUAGUAAAAGAUACUGAUGGAACAUAUAUGAAGGAGGGAGGUGAAUCUAUUGCAAUUCGUAUGGAUGGAACAAUGAAUUUCACCCAGUUCUUGGAGAAGGUUUGUUCAUCAUGGAAUUUCAACCCUGAUGGUGUUUUAUUGAAGUGGUUAGUGCCUGGGAGUAGAUGUGCUCCUAUUAGCCUUAAGGGAGACUUAGACCUCCAAAAUAUGUUGGAUUUUAACAGUCGUAGUGCCAUAGUGGAUGUAAUUGUGUCAAGGGAUGAUGGCUCUAUCGGAAGUGAUCACUAUGGGCCCAGCAGGUGCAGUGUUACUUUUGCACAGUCUCAGCAUAUGGAUGACGGGAAUGUUGAUGAGACUUGUGACAUGGUUAUUGCAUGUUCAAGUGAGACACCUGUGGACAAAGUACUAACCAUAUUUUGGGAGAAAGCAAUAGAGGGUGUGGGACAGAUGUUUAAGUCAGCAACUGACUUUCGACAAUCGGUUGCUCAAUUUGCUAUUGCAAAUGGUUUCCGUUAUUUGACAAAGUGGAGUGAUAAAGCGAGGGUUAUUGUUGAGUGUGCAGUUGAGGGAUGUUAUUGGUCAAUUAGGGCAAGUCAUGUCAAGCCGAGUGGAAUGUUUAGGAUUCAUAAGUACCAAGGUGUACACCAACAUCCACCUGGAUCUCAGUUCAUUGACAAGGUGAAGGUACCGCAGUCUCUCAUAGCUAAUACUGUGGUUGAGAAAGUUCGAGACACUCCCAAGUAUCCUCCAACUGAAAUCAUUAUUGAUAUGAAAAGAGACUAUCACCUAGAAUUGAGUUACAUGCAGUGUUGGAGGGCAAAGGAGGUUGCAAAUGAUAAAGUGUUUGGAUCUUUCAAGGAAUCUUAUCUGUACAUCCCUUGGUAUUGUAAUAAGGUUAUUGAGACAAACCCUGGGAGCCAUGCUAAAUAUGAGGUUGAUGAUGAUGGUAAAUUUACAAGACUAUUUGUAGCCUAUUACGCUGCUGUGUAGGGCUUCAGGACAGGAUGUAGACCUGUAUUGUUCAUUGAUGGCACCUUCAUAAAAUCCAGGUUUCUUGGCACUCUGUUAUCUGCUACAGCAAUGGAUGCAGAUGAUGGGAUGUUUCCUGUCGCCUUCGCAAUUGUCUCUGGUGAGAAUCACUCUGAUUGGACAUGGUUUUUAGAGCAGCUUAACAUGGCAUUAGACAACACUGAACAGAUUGUUUUUGUGUCUGAUAGGCAUCAAUCCAUAAUUGAUGGGGUGCAUUCUGUCUUUGGGGAUGUCCACCAUGCGUUUUGUCUUCGCCAUUUAAAGGAAAAUUUUAAGAAGAAUCUUCGAAAGCCUAUGUCAGCCAUUUUGAAGAAUGCUUUAGAAGUAUUGCUUACUGAUGCAGCAUAUGCACGGACAACUUUAGACUUUAACAAUCAUAUGGGUGAUAUAAAGGGUAUCUCAGAAGAUGCAUAUAUAUGGUUAAUGACAAUUGGACCAGAGAACUGGGCUAAUUGUCUAUUCCCUGGAAAUCGUUAUGACAAGUUGACUUCCAAUUAUGCAGAGACAUAUAAUGCAUGGAUAUUAAAGCAACGUGAACUGCCCAUAAUGCAACUCUUGAACAGUAUAAGGGUGAAACAGAUGGAGAUGAUGUAUAAACGUAAGCAGAAAUUAAUUAAGUGGAAAUAUGAUGUGGGCCCUAAGAUUAACAAGAUUCUAAAGAAACGAGUUCGUAAAUCUGAGCGGCUGACCAUUAGGCGAUCUUCAGUGUCUGGGUUUGAAGUUGAGGGUGACGCAAGUACACACUCAGUUGACUUAAGUUUGAGAUCUUGUUCCUGCAAGGCGUGGGAGAUGACAGGUCUACCCUGUAUUCAUGCAUCUGCAGCGAUAGCAAGGAUUCGUGGACAACUCCUGAAUUAUGUUUCACAUGAGUAUCAUAAAGAGGCAUAUGCGCAAACGUAUGAAGAACCAAUCAAUCCUGUCCCUAACCAUGAUAUGUCCUUGGAAUCACCCACAGGGGACGCAUACGUUGUUGUGAGGCCUCCUAGAACUCGUAAGCGUGCAGGCCGACCAAAGAGACAACGUAUAGAAUCACAAGAUGUGGAGAAGCGACCCCAACAUUGUAGCAGAUGUGGGGAUCAUAGGCAUAACAGGAGGUCAUGUCGGGAGGCAAUAUAGCCUCUUAUGAACGUGUUUCCAAGAUGGCAACACAUGUUUCACUUUUUGUUGGCCUCACAUCACUCUCGAAGAACAUACAACUAUAAUUAUUUGAAGGGAACACUCAUAGGUCCCAAAAUAUGUUGAGAAGAAUCUUAUAUUAAUAUGAUGUAAUAUUGAAUAUUUGAUUCUCUAUCUGAAUGUUUUAGGUGGAUAUUUUAUGGUUUUGUUGUUCGGUUAAUUGCAUUCGCUAUUAACACAUUUUUAUCUCUAUGGACAUUGAAUAGAUAUAUGAUGACUUUUAUGUUUUGUCGUUGAGACUAUUUGCAUUGUUGGCAUGUUGCAUAUUUAACAGACUACGUGACUAACAGCUGAAUUUUUAUUUAGUCUUUGUGCUCUUCAGGCAAAAUCGCAUCUUUUAUUGAAUUGGAAUCUAUCUUAUUUCCUUGGAAGGUAACAUAAACUAAACCUUCUCCCUCUUUCUCUCUCUCUCAUAUGCUUUCAUACUAAGCAGCAACAGGGCAAACAGUGCUGCCCUUGGAGCGAAGGCCUCUUUUAUUAUUCCUUAUCAGCUUCAGCUAAUGGGUCUACUUCCUUUUUUUUUUUCUUUUUUAAUGGAUUAAGUAUAUUGUCUAUGUUGCUCCCUCAUUUGUGCUCAAUGAUCAAUUUUAUGAUAUGAAUUAAUAAGAAAAGUCCCCCCCCUCGCCCAACACUAUACCAGUUUAGCGUAUAGUGUUUCAGGGUGCGCUAAAGAUCCAACUACCAUAUACAAGCUGGAUUUGCAGUACGUGUUCACUACAAAAUAGAUCUAUUAUUGAUCACCACUACCUUCACCCUCAUGAACUACGUUUAUUGUAACUCUUAUUUAUUUUCCUUCCAUUCUCCCAGGUAAAUCUAUAUUCACAUUAAAAUUUCAUCCAAUUAAUUAUGCAUUGGACUGUAGUUUCAUAAUUCACAUAUCUCAUAUGCUUAUAAAUGGGUGAGCAUACUUCUCAGUGUUCUCAGAACUGCUUUACCAUUAUAUGCCUUCCUAUAUUUUCGUUGUCAAUGCGUAGAUGUCUACUAAAAGACAGUUUGUUUCAAUAUGUUUUGCCGAGGUUUAAUACAAGUGUUGGCUGAAGUACACCCCUUGGGACUGUAUUGCAGUUCACAACCAAUUUCUACUUUUGAGGCCCCCCCAAUAUGAAGGAUACUCAGUACUUUAGCAGUAAGUUGCAGGGAAUUCAAGUAAGAUUUGAUAAGAAUCCAUAUGCAACUUAUUAAUACGGAGUGAGAUAUAGUACUGUAAUAAGGGCCUUUCCUACACCCGAAGGUCAUGUUUCCAUCUACAGUUAUUGGGACUGGUGAAAACUGGACAUUGAUGAAGACUAUCAGUGUGACUGAGUACCUGAACUGACUGAAGCAGGUAAAUUCUCCAAACGUAAGGGAAUUGGAGUCUUUGGUAACGAUGCAAAAGAUACAAAUAUACCAGUUGAAGUAUGGCGAUAUUACUUGCUAACAAAUAGGCCUGAGGUCUCGGAUACCUUAUUCACAUGGGCUGAUCUGCAAGCAAAACUGAAUUCUGAAUUACUCAAUAACUUGGGAAAUCUUAUUAAUCGAGUGUUGAGCCUAGUAGCAAAACCUGAAGGCCAAGUAUAUGCUUCUAUCAUUCCUGACGCUCCAGGUGCAGAAUCACAUCCCUUGACCAAGAAAUUAGCAGAAAAAGUUAGUGAUUUUGUUGAUCAAUGCAUCGAGGCCAUGGAGAAGGUUGAACUAAAGCAAGGAUUGAGGCCUGCAAUGACGAUUUCUAGUGAAGGGAACGCAUAUUUGCAAGACAACCAAUUCUGGAAUCUCUUUAAAAAUGAUCCAUCUUCUUGCAACAUCGUUAUGAGAACUAUUAAUUAUGUCCAUGCAAAUAGUGAAGAAGCUUGAUAAAUUUGAGAAGAUGAUUUGAAAAAGAGUGCAGGGAGCAAGCACCUCUCUUACCUGUAUAGUGAAUCUAAAUUUUCUGUUUCAACUAUUUAACAGUGAAAUUGUUUGUUGGUGUGCAUGCCAUCCUCACGAGUUGUAAGGCAUGUUUCUGCACCAUGGUCAUCGAUAUUGGUCGCCAGCCCAAACAUAUCCCAAUUGAGUUUGAAAAUUCUUCAAUUUUGUUGUUUUGGAUCUUAUGCGAAUGGAAGAACGUGUUGUUAGUUCUUCAACACUAAUAGGUGGUAGUCUAUUAUAGGAGACAAGCUUAAUUGAAUAUGUAGAAAUAAGGCUAACAUGCAUGCUUGUUCUUUCGAGCAUCCAUGGUUGAAGGUCAAGGAGAUGGUCUUGGCACCAGGAGAGCAGUAUGGCUGAAGCAUCUCUGAAACUUUGGGAUCUUAUUUUCUGAAUAUAUAUAGAAUUGUAUUAUGUAGCACUAGCUUGACCUUGUUGAAAACAUUGAAAUAGUUUAAAUUAUUUGGAACUCAUGGCUGUAUUGAUGUA